AUGGAAGGAGUCUAUGUUCCCGCUUUCAGAAGGAGUGAGAAGACCAUCGACGUGGAGCGAGACUCAUGGGACGAGCUCAAGAGAAGAAUCAACGCCUUGGUGAACAAGGUAAGCGCUCACAAUCUAAACCAUGUAGUCUUGGAACUCUUCCAAGAGAAUCUCAUUAGAGGAAGAGGUCUCUUGUGCAGAUACUGUCUAAAAUCUCAGAUCGCUUCUCCUAACCUCACCGACGUGUUCGCCGCUUUAAUCUCCAUCAUCAACUCAAAAUUCUCUUUAAUCGGUGACCUCUUGUUGAGAAGAUUAGUUUUACAGAUCCGAAAGGCUUACGAUCGUAACGACAAGACUCUUUUGUUGUCUGUUGUUAAGUUUUUGGCGCAUCUAGUGAACCAGCGUGUCGUUACUGAGAGUAUAGCACUUGAGGUUAUAGAGAUGCUUCUUGGUGAACCUACGGAGGAGAGUGUUGAAGUUGCUGGUGUGUUUGUUAGAGAGUGUGGAGCUUUGCUUCUUGAGCUCUCUCCUAGGGUUUUGAGCCUUGUGUUUGACGUUUUUCGGAGGAUUGUUCAAGAAGGGGAUUUGGAGUUUAGGUCACGGUGUUUGGUUGAGUCUUUGAUGGCGGUUAGGAGAUCUAAUUUUGAAGGUUAUCCAACGGUUCGUGAGGAGUUGGAUCUUGUGGAUUUAGAUGAGAAAGUGACACAUGUGAUCUCUCUGUUUGAUGAGAUUGAUCCUGAGACUUCUCUUGAUGUCUACAAGGCUGACCCUGAGUUUCACCAGAAUGAAAAGAAGUAUGAGAAGCUUAAAAAGAAUUUACUUGGAGAGGAAGAUACAGAAGAUGAUGAUGUUGAAGAUGAAGGGACAGUUAUACAUGAUCAAACAGAAACUGAUCUUGUUACUCUGAGGAGAACAAUUUAUCAAACCAUCAUGUCUAGUCUUAAUUUCGAGGAAGCAGGGCAUAAACUACUCAAAAUCCGACUAGAACCAGGUCAGGAGAUGGAGCUAUGCGUUAUGAUACUCGAAUGUUGCGGUGAGGAGAAAACUUAUCGUUCCUUGUAUGGUCACUUAGCUCACAGGUUCUGCUUAAGAAGCAAAAUUUAUAGAGAAUGUUUUGAGAAUCUGUUUGUGCAGCAGUAUGCGAUAGUUCAUCGUCUAGAGACGAAUAAACUGAACAAUGUAGCUAUGUUCUUUGCUCAUGUGCUAGCGUCAGAUGCUCUACCGUGGCGUGUGCUUGCAAAUGUGAGUCUAACAGAGGAAGACACAACGUCUUCUUCGCGUAUCUUUCUGAAGAUUCUUUUCCAAGAACUCUGUGAGCAAAUGGGGUUAAGGGAUUUGAAUGAAAAGUUUCAGGAUCCGACCAUGGAGGAGACGUUUGAGUCAAUAUUUCCAAAGGAUCAUCCUAAGAACAUGAGGUUCUCCAUCAACUUCUUCACCUCUAUUGGCCUUAGGGACGUCACUGAAAAACUCAGGCAGCUCUUGAGCAAGCGUCAGAAUCCGGAGUUAAAGGAUGAGAGGGAGAAGAAGCUUAAUAGAAGAAGAGGCUGAUUAGUAAUCUGUGUGUUAAAGUUGUAUACAAUCUUUAUUUUGUUUGAUGUGUCUAAAAAGAAAACCAAAGCUAUCUUUUUCGUAGUUACUUGCCUUUUAUUUUUGGGUUUGAUGAACUAACAAAAUUUUAAAAAAUAU